AUGGACGCCUUCGGUCAAGAGACUGGAAAGCACGUCGGUCACGUCACGCACGAGACCUGGAAACACCUCGACGCUUUCGGACAAGACGUAGGACCAAAGGUCGGCCCUGCUCUGGAGGAAGCCUGGAAGCAUGCGGAUGCUUUUGGUCAAGAGGCUGGAAAGCAUGUUGGCAUCGCGGCAGAACACACCAAGCAAUGGAUUGAGGAGCAUCCGGGAGAGACCGCUGGUAUGAUCGCCUGUGUCGUCGCUGCUCCUCUCGGUAUCGGGGUUGCGCACGGCGUCCUACGUAUGGUGGGUUUCACGGCCAAGGGAAUUGCUGUUGGAUCUGCCGCUGCUGCAGCUCAAUCUGAUAUCGGAAACGUUGCAGCUGGAAGCGCUUUUGCGGUUCUCCAAAGCGCAGCAGCGGGCGGCAGUGGUGCUAUACUCGUCAACGGCGUCGCCGCGGGCACAGUCACCGCGGUUGCUAUCGCUGCUACGGCUCCUGGACUCAUCAAAGCUAUACAGGAAGGCAAGAACGAAGUCACUGUCGAUGGUAUCACGUACGAGAUCGAGGACAAAGGAGAGGUAGAGUCCUCGCCACCAGAUCAGUAG